CUCUCUCGGUCCCUCAACAUGAAGUUCAUUCUUUCGCUGACCCUGCUCGCGGCCGCAGUAGCUGAUAGGCCCAGCUACCAUGCCCCCCCUCCUUAUCAUCAUCCUCGUCCUGCAUACAAGCCUGCCCCUUCCUAUGCCCCUCCCCCAGCCUACAGACCUGCCCCCUCCUACGGGCCGCACCCCCCUGCUCCUGCUUACGCCCCGCCCCACGCCCCUGCUUAUGGCCCUCACCCUCCCGCCCCUGAAUACAAGCCUGCCCCUACCUAUGCCCCGCCCCCUGUCCCUGCCUACAAGCCUGCCCCUGCCUACAAGCCUGCCCCGUCCUAUGAUGCUCCUGCUAAGUACAAUUUCGAGUGGGCUGUGAAGGACGACUACUCCGGCAACGACUACGGCCACCAGGAGUCCCGCGACGGCUACAACACGCAGGGAUCCUACUACGUGCAGCUUCCCGACGGUCGCCUGCAGAAGGUCACCUACCACGUGGACGGCGACUCAGGCUUCGUGGCCGAGGUCACCUACGAAGGAGAGGCUCAAUAUCCUCACGAGCAGCCUGCCUACAAGCCUGCUCCAUCCUACAAGCCUGCACCUGCCUACCGACCAGCUCCUUCCUACAAACCCGCUCCAGUUUACGGCUGAACUUCUUAGACCUCCCCCUCUUAAAAACAAAAAACAAAAAACACACAAAAAAUACUGUGAUAUUUAUUACCAUUAAUAAACAAAUAGAUAUGACGUAAUGGACCCUCUAUUGCUUCAACCUCCCUCAUUGGUUUUACUGCAUUGCAAGGACGUCGCGGAGAGCUGUUUAAACCACUGUGGUCGACGGACGCCCGAGACUUGAAGAUGAAAUUUGCGGUCAUGGGUUUGCGUGCUGGAGGUCAGAGCACCUUCGCGGGCCCAUGGGCGGUCGUUGCCGAGGUCCAGGGGUGCGUGCAAGGGUCCUCCGUAGGGGUAAUUGCAGUGUUUGGUUCUGGUUCUGGUCUUCGGUGGUU